UCACAGGCCCCCCAUAACGUGACAAUGUUUUAUUUAUGUAAGUGAAGCUGAAGUGAUCCAGAGUCGGACGCGAGCCAACAUGAGCCACAUUUGCGUCGCGUCUUUCUCAUUCCUCAUCCCACUUACUUUACUUUAUUCUGCUGUCAUUUCAGACGCACAGAAACUGAACAACCGUCCCAUAAUAGGUGUCCUAGCGCAGGAAGUGUACUCUCCUUCACCUGGGAAAAACUCCUACAUUGCAGCCUCCUACGUCAAGUACCUGGAGUCUGCAGGGGCUCGAGUGGUCCCUGUGAUGAUUAAUAGGACUGAAGAGGAAUACACAAUUCUCUUCAAAUCUUUAAAUGGAAUCCUUUUUCCAGGAGGUGAAGUCAGCAUUUCAUCUUCCGGUUAUGCCAAAGCAGCAGCGAUAUUCUACAAACUUGCCCUGGAGGCCAAUCUGAAAGGUGAUUAUUUUCCUGUGUGGGGGACAUGCUUGGGUUUGGAGGCGCUCACAGUGCUGACUAGUGGAAAGUCCUUGUUGUCCCCUACUAACACCACUGGUGUUUCGCUAUCACUCAAUUUCACGGAAGAAUCCAAGGACAGCCGAAUGUUCAAGGACUUCCCAGAGGAUCUGAUGACGUCACUUGCAAAUGAAGCAAUCACAGAGAACUCUCAUCAGUGGAGUGUCACUACCGAGGACUUCAAUGGAGACGAGAACCUGAAAAAGUUUUACCGAGUUCUGAGUACGAACACAGACGGACAGACAGAGUUUGUAUCCACAAUAGAAGCAUAUGAUUUCCCAAUUUAUGGAACCCAGUGGCACCCUGAGAAAAAUGCAUUCGAGUGGACGAAAGCGAACAUCCCCCACUCGCCUGCCGCUAUCAAGACCACUUUCUAUAUGGCCCAAUUUUUGGUCAACGAAGCGAAAAAAAGUCUUCAUAAAUUUCCGAGCCGAGAUGAGGAGCUGAACGCUUUAAUCUAUAACUACCAGCCAACCUACACUGGAUGGAAGUCUGCAUUUGAACAGAAGUAUUAUUUCGAUUAGGGUUUUGUCUUUUACUGAUGAUCUGUUUUAAUUGUAUAUAUCUUUGGAAUCGUGUAAGAAGGCUUGGGCUCAGAGCAUCUUGAAUAUUGCAUUAAACAUCUGCUGUCAUUGUGUA